CAUUUGGGCAGAAUCAAAAUCAAUCAAAAUCGUAGUUUCAAAAAGUAAAAUAAAAGCUUGUUCGUUUCUAUUUUUUGUCCGUAUUCUACACCAUGAGGGAUGUUGAACUCAAAGCGCUUCGUGGAGACAGUAGCCUAAAUAUUAAAGUUACCAACACGACAGGAAAGGAGUACGAGUUGUGUCUAUGUCCGACACAAUCUGUACAAAACUUGAAGGAAAGGGUCUCUGGUGAGAAUCCUAAAGAUGGGGUACAUUACAAACUAUUGUCUAUGAACUCGAAUCGCAUUUUAGACGAGAAAAAAACACUGGCCGAAGAAGGGAUAAAGGAUAAUGAUGAACUGUUGCUCGUAAAAAGACGUAAGCCAAGAAAACCAAGCAAAGAUGAGCAAGUUUCUUCAAAAGGUCCUGAUGCAUCAAAAAUUGACAAACUCACAGCAAGUACUGGAGAAGUCAAAGGAAAUAAAGUCACAGAUGUUGGUGCUGCCGCAUUGCAUUUUGAUUUCAAUCGCGAAUUACAAAGAAUUUUGAUAACCCUAAUUGAUGCUGCUCAUCUGGUACAGUUUGACAAUGAAGAUGAAGAUGAGUCUACAAAUUCAGAAAAAGUGGAAUGUGUGAAUCAGGAGCAUCUUAAACAGUUAACAGAAAUGGGAUUCACAGAAACAAGAGCUAUAAAAGCCCUCAGAAUAAAUCGGCAGUCAGGUGUUGAAGGAGCUAUGGAAUGGCUGAUACAACAUGAAUCAGAUCCUGACAUUGACCAACCAUUGGAACCACAAGUUGGACAUGAAACUGAGCCCAGUUCAAAGACUGCAACCAAAUCACACAGUGGUAAACCACACUGGAGGAGAGAAUUUGUCCCCAACAAAAAAGGCGUUGAAAUGUUAAAAGACAUGGGUUUCCCAGAAGAAGAUGUUAUCAAAGCUUUGAAAGCAACAGGAAAUAAUCAAAGAGCUGCAUGUGACUGGCUACUUGGAGAAAGGCAUGAUGUUGUGGAUGACAGUGAUCCUGGAUUGAAUCCUGAAAGUCCUCUUUAUGCUGCAAUAAUGGAGAAUCCAGGCGUACAGUUGAGCUUAACAAAUCCCAGAAUAUUGGCAGCUUUUCAAGAAAUGUUAGAAAAUCCCCACGCUAACGGACAUUAUAUCACAGAUCCUGAAACUGGACCUGUUCUCCUUCAAAUAUCACGUAUUGUGCAAGGUUUCGCCAGAUAGCAUUAUGUGUGAUUUAUGUCAAAUACUAAUUCAAACCUCUCGUUUUGUGAGCGUUUGUAUUGUAAAUUUCCUGCAGAUAUGAAUUCUAAUUUACCGGUUCUAUGUAUAAAUAACACCAAGUAUUUUGGAGUUGGGUGUUGUUUGUUACACUUCCUUUAGUUGCAUGACAUGAAAAUACCCAGCAAUCUAGGAUUAACUUUUGCUGUCAAUAUGCAAUAUAGGUACAAUUUAAUUAUCAUUGAAUAUAUCAAAUCUGUACAGUAGUUUUCGCAAGAUCGUCAACCCACCUCAAGACGAAAUUGGUACUGGUCAUAAAUUCGUACUAACUUUUACGGGGUCUGAUGAGUAAUGCUGGUUUUUCACCAGCGAUAUUUUAGAAUUUCGGUUGCACACAUCGGGAACAAAUUUCUCGAAGACAAUUACUAAUAUUUACUAUAAAUUCGUUUCGAAACCGGCUUCAAACUAGCUCUGCGCUUUGUUCAUGCUGUGAAUACCUUUAAGUCCUUUAUUUUCCUUUCUUACAUAUAUGUGACGAUGUGUAGUACGGUGGACGAAAUUCAGACUGGUUCCAAUUUUUUUGGGUGCCUGUGAACAUAGUUGUUGUGGUAUAGUAAUUAGGGAUCUUAAACGUUAAUUGCCUAUUGCCACAUUAUCUAUCUUAUUAUUAAUACGUGCAUGCCAUAUGACAUGUAUCCUUUUGAAGGAAUAUUAAA